AUGGAACAGACUUGUGCAGUAUCAAGCGCCAUUGUCAUCUUGUUUAUAGGGUAUAUCGUCUCCCAGCUUGUAUACAACAUUUUCUUCCAUCCACUAGCCACAUUUCCUGGCCCAUUCCUUGCUCGAUCAACACUGCUAUGGCGCAUGUACCACUCCAUGCGCGGUCACUUCCACCUCGUCGUUCAAAAGCAACAUGAGCGAUACGGUAGCGUAUUUCGCGUCUCACCCAACGAACUGUCCUUCUCAUCCUUCCGGUCGUGGAAGGACAUAUACGGCCACGCCACUUCCGGGAAACCAAUCUUGAUCAAGAGCGAGUUUUAUGAUAUGUACGGUGCCGCGUUUGAAUCACUCUGCAUCGGUAGCGAACGUGAUCCCACAAAUCAUUCGCGAAUGAAAAAGUCUUUGUCCGCAGCGUUCUCGACGAAAGCACUAGCGGAACAAGAAAACAUCAUACAGCGCUGUGUUGAUCAGUUUGUAUCGCGGAUUGAAACAGAUGGAGCAAGUAAACAAGGGAUAGAUAUGACGAAAUGGUUUGAGAUGAUCUCUUUUGACAUCUUGGGCGAGAUGGCAUUUGGGGAGAGUUUUGGGUGUGUCGAGAACGGAAGGAGCAGCGCAUGGUCAGAUAUGAUUGUUCAGCAUCUUUUCUAUAUUACAGUCCUAGAUAAUCUCCGAAGGAUACCAUUGUGCGCAGCGCUAGGCAAGAUAUUGUUGCCACGGAUGACGGUCGAAGUGCGUGAUCGUCAUGCAAAAUAUAGCAGAGAAAAGGUAGCGAGGAGACUGAAUAGUGAAAGUGAUCGCCAUGACUUUCUGACAAACAUUUCGGAAAAAGUCAAGGCUGGCGAAUUGUCUCAAGAGGAGAUGACGGCACAUGCAUCUACUUUGAUAAUUGCAGGAGGUGAGACCAUUGCCACCUUCUUCGCAGGAGUAACGUACUUUCUACUCAAGAACCCCGAAGCCUAUCAAAAACUUCGAGAUGAAAUCAGGACGAAUUUUACAUCUCUCGAGAGCAUCACUGCUACAUUGGCAAUGCAACUUCCUUACCUACAAGCCGUGAUCUCAGAAGGACUACGAGUCUAUCAACCGGGGUCACAGGGCUUCCCAAGGCUUUCUCCAGGGGCGAUAAUUGAUGGUCAUUGGGUUCCGAAAGGGACGGAAGUAUAUACAAGCGCAUGGACAGUUCUACACGACGAGAAGAACUUUCACGAACCAUACACAUUCAAACCCGAAAGAUGGCUAGAUCCUGGCUGUUCGGAUAAUUUGAGUGCAAGCCAGCCCUUUUCUCUCGGUCCCAGAGCUUGUCUCGGGAAGAACUUUGCAUAUUUUGAGAUGAGUUUGAUCCUAGCGAAGAUGCACUUCCAAUGCGAUUUGGAGCUUGUUGAUCCUACAUUAGAUUGGUUAGAAGACAGCUAUUUGCAUGUUAUGUGGUGGAAGCCAGCACUAUACAUCAGGUUUAAGACGGCAAAGCUGGAAUAUAGAGUAUAG